UGUCAUUUCCAACUCGUGUGUCACUAAUAAUAAGAAAUAGCUUCGCUCGGCACGUUUGGAUAUUUUCAGUUUCUAUCAACAUACCACGCACCAAAAUAGCUCUGAGGGUUACAUACUGAAACGUUAGAACUAAGAACGCCCCAAUAACAGAAUGGGAAGCCAGGACCUCUAAAGGAUGGUUUGUAGAAAGACAAGGCUCGCCAACAACUUCAGACACGGUGGCACAGCUGCUGUUCCGUCGCCGGAUUCGGGAGAAGUCAUAACCGUAAUUCGGUGAACCAUUUCCUAUAAUACGAUAAACAAGCCGGCUACCAGACCACCAAAUAGAUGCAGGAACAUAUGGGCUCGCCGGUGUUCAAGCUGGUAGCUAGAACUUCCAGAAAUAACUCUCCUUUCUUCAGGAGUGAUACAAACAACAACAACGCGCCUCGGCCCAAGACACCACCGAUGAGCAGUCCAAAGCAAGAAAGGGACAGAGAAGGUGAACGACGAGCGGCGGCCUUGAAUCUGGAAUGGCUGAAAAGCUCCUUCAAACUACUCGAGAGUGCUCUGCGGGAACGAAACAAACAGCUGGAGAUACAAAAAAAGGAAAUAGAGUUCUUACGGAAUGAACUGAGAAGAAAGGAUGACGUUAUCAAGGAGUACGAGAAUUUGAUUAAUGAACGAGAGGACAUGGAAAGACAGGAGGUAGAAAUUUUACACAAGGAAAUCAAAACAUUGCGUAUGGAUGCCAUGUCUAAAGUUGUGACGAUACGAGAACACAAAAGCGAGAUUGAGCGACUGGAGAGUAAGGUUGAGAAACUGAUGUCAGUUAUGCCACCGCCUUCUCUACCCCGUGCGCGUGCGCAGGGAGUGUCAGCUGAGCCCGCCGCAAAAAAUCUGAACGUCAACUUUCAACAGUUUCUUAAACACUACGCAAAAAGUGACAGAUCUAAAGAACUUAUCAAAGAUGCAAUUUUGGACAAUGAUUUCCUCAAGAAGUUGGAGUCAUCACAAAUCCGUGAAGUUGUUGAGUGCAUGUAUGAGAAGAAAUGGAAAAAAGAUGAAUUCCUCAUCAAGGAGGGAGAGUCAGGAUCAGACCUUUUUGUGUUGGAAGAGGGUAAAGUCAAGGUGAUGAAGGAAGGAGCUGUGCUUGGGCAAAUGGGGCCUGGCAGAGUGUUUGGGGAACUUGCCAUCUUGUAUAAAUGCCCAAGAACAGCCAGUGUGAAAGCUGAGACUGAUGUCAAGAUCUGGGCUAUUGACAGACAAACCUUCCAGACAAUCAUGAUGAAGACAGGAAUUAUGAGACAGAAAGAACAUAUUGACUUCUUGAAAAGUGUCCCAUUGCUGGCUAAGUUGCGUGAGGAUUUGCUGUCCAAAGUUGCAGAUGUCAUUGAAGAGGCAUUCUAUGAUGAGGGGGAGUAUAUCAUUCGGCAAGGUGCUAGAGGAGACACAUUCUUCAUCAUCAAGAAGGGAGCUGUUAAUAUCACCCAGCGACCCUCAGUACAUGCUGAACCUGUGUUUGUUCGCACUCUUGGAAAAGGUGACUUCUUUGGUGAAAAAGCUCUCAAGGGAGAGGAUCUGCGAACAGCUAAUUGCAUAGCAGCCAAAGGAGGUGUCCAUUGUUUAGUGUUAGAUAGAGAAGCUUUUGAAGCAUAUAUUGGUAGUUUAGAAGACAUGAAGACAGACAAAUAUAGUGACAAGGAGAGGGGAGUUGAACCUCAGAUUGCAAGACAGCUUCAAGAAAUGGAAAGUCGCACAAAAGCAGAAAUAGAUGAAUUUGCCAGUGUGACCUUGAAAGAUAUUUCAAUUGUGAAGACAUUAGGUGUUGGUGGCUUUGGACGUGUUGAACUGAUUCAACUGGCCAACGACAAGAGAACCUUUGCUCUGAAAACGCUAAAGAAGCACCACAUUGUUGAAACAAGACAGCAAGACCACAUCAUGUCAGAAAAGAAAAUCAUGAUGGAAGCAAAUUGUCCCUUCAUUGUAAGGUUAUAUACAACAUUUAAGAAUAGUAAAUAUUUGUACAUGCUUUUGGAAGCUUGUCUAGGUGGCGAGCUUUGGACUAUUCUCAGAGACAAGGGAUCAUUUGAUGAUGGAACCACGCGGUUUUAUGUAGGUUGUGUAAUAGAGGCCUUUACAUAUCUUCACGAAAGGGGAAUCGUGUACAGAGAUUUGAAGCCUGAAAACUUACUACUGGAUUCCAAAGGUUAUUGCAAAUUGGUCGACUUUGGUUUUGCAAAGAAAAUAGGCUCUGGACGGAAAACGUGGACAUUCUGUGGAACUCCGGAGUAUGUGGCGCCAGAAAUAAUUCUUAAUAAGGGUCACGACUUAUCAGCGGAUUAUUGGUCUCUAGGAAUUCUUAUGUUUGAACUGCUUACAGGCAGCCCUCCUUUCACUGGGUCAGACCCAAUGAAGACCUACAACAUAAUUCUCAAGGGAAUUGAUAUGAUUGAAUUUCCUCGCAAGGUCCUUAAAAAUGCGCAUGCCCUCAUUAAGAGGCUCUGUCGAGACAACCCCACUGAGCGACUCGGCUACCAAAAAGGAGGUCUUAAAGACAUCAAGAAGAACAAGUGGUUUGAUGGUUUCAACUGGGAAGGUUUGAAGCAGAGGAAACUUCAAGCGCCAAUCAUUCCGAAGAUCAAGUCUCCGACAGACGCAUCAAACUUCGACGACUAUCCACCUGAUGACGAGGUACCUCCUGAUGACUCGACAGGCUGGGACAAGGAUUUCUAGCCGUCCAAAGUGUCGCCUCGCGUGUGCUGCUGCCCAAUGGAAAGAAAACAAACCUUUAUUUUCUUCGUGUACAGCAGCAAGAUGGCAGAGUCCUUUCCCGCUGACCUUUCUGCUCUUCUUCUAUAUCCUUAGUUAGAUAAUUCUCAUGUUUGAAUACUUUUUUCAUGCCUGGGAAAAUUCCAAUUGGUCGACUUUGAAUCCAUGCUGUGUGACGUUAAGUCGCCACAAAAUAAACAAAGAACUUGAAAACGUUAAGGGAGAUUACGUCACUGGUGGCACAUUUUGAAAAGUUUAGCCCACAUUUUUCAAGUUCCUCGUUGGCAGUCCACCUUUCUUUUCCGUGUAUUGUUACUUCUAUGGUCUUUCUGUACGUUUGUAAGUUAUUUUCAGGUUCCUUCCAUUUCAAGGUUAUUUUGUAACCUGAUUCACCUUGUGAAAUAGCUCCAUUCGGUCAUUGAUCUCAGCCUGAAAAUUUGAUAUUUGUCACACUGAACGUGUACUAUUGUCCAAUAUUUUCCCUUGAAAUUACAAUUAUUGAUGAAUUUGAGCUGUAAUGUGAUAGGUUUUCCUCCCUUGCACAACCCUCUCUCUUCUUAAUAUAAUUUGUCUGCAAAUGCGGUGGUUAAGAGAGAGAGGAAGGGGGGAACUAUUGUUUAAAAGUUGAAAGCUUCAGUUGAAUUAGAAAUGAUGAUGAUGAUAAUGAUGAUAAUGAUAAUAAUAAUCCUAAUAUUUUAACAAUAUUUUAUUCUUUACUGGUUUGCCUUGGAGAGUCGCGUAAGCCAGGCAUAACCACAUAUUUUUCAAUGAUAAAUCAAUGUAAUUACGACUAUCCGUAGUGUUAAGGCAGCCAACCAAACUAGUUGUAAAUGAAGAAAUUCACAGUAUCUCCUCCAGAACGUUUGCGAGUAAAGAAACACCAUGUAUCUAGUACAUGGAGAAAAUCGGUUAGUGGGACAUCGUUUCCAAUAUUCUUUCAGAUCAAGGAAUAUUAGUUAUGUAAAUAAUUCAGUCAUAUUAAUGCAGAUAAAACUACAAAGCGCUACUCUAUGUUGGUAUGAUUUUUGGUUAACUCUCCUCAUUGAAUUACUUCGUGCUUUUUUAGGCGUUUGUCAAUGUGUAUGACAGUGUAAUAGGUAAUGAUAACGAAUUAUCAAGUUAUGUCGCUAAGAUUGUCGGGCUCUUAAUUUAAAAGGUGAAAACGAACAAGAUUCGCCUAAAACCGCACCACUAAUCCCAUUCACGAGGAAAAAUAAAAAUACUCUGUAGGUUGCUCUCACAGUGGACUGUGCAAGUUUAGCACAGCUAUGGUUCGAACGACCUGACUGAGCUGAGCUUGCUGUUACUCUGUCGGUAGCGUCCUCCUCGCAUCGGGUAUUGCAGGAUAGCCCCGUUUGUUAGAGAACUGAAAUAGUCGAGAUAUUCGUUCACGGAGAGCAAAGAGCUACACUUGGUCACUUCGUCGGCCGAGCAAGUUUUCUUAGUGUAUAUGAAAUGAAUUGUCCAGACGUUAAUAUUUAGACAAGUCGUCACGUUUUGAUCUUUGGCGGCCUGAACGAUUCGUGAUUUGCGAUAUAAACUAGCCUUAUUACCAGACUGAUUCACGGCUGAUUCACUGACCGACUCAUUUCAUAUCCUCUUUAGUCACGCGUAACACUCUAAUCUAAAUGGCCGUUUUAAGUUCAUAGAAUGGCCUCUCUUAACCUUUGAGUAAAAUGUUAAGAAUAAGAGCACUUGGGCAUAGAACGAACAGUCAACAACAAACUAUGCAAUCUUGUGACUGUCAAUGAAAUUUCUGACAAUAUAACCGUAUUUCAGAAUGUCAGGUUUCAGUUUCGUCUAUACUGCUGAAGAAAGGUUGAUUAUUUCUUAUUUUCAAAUCGCGAAUUUAAGGAAGUGAACAAACGUCUACCUGACUUGAAUCGAUUUUCUCUUCUGUUCCAUCAUUGUUUUUGUACCCUACGAGUAGAAUUCCUUUGGAUCUUUCAGGACAGAUCCUUAGGGAACUCUGCUCACAAGGUAACUGGAGUUUUAAGAAUGUUUUUGCUUUAAGAAUUUUAGACCUUGCUUUACAUUAUAGGAGACUUUUUUAAGGAUUUAUUUAUUUCGGAGGUCCACUCCGGAAGAAAUUGUAAUCGUUAGAAAUUGUGCAAUGAUACACGGUGGUUUUGAUAUCCAUAUCCGUGAAAAGAAAUGAAUUAUAUUGUUGGUAAUUUUGUAUUUAUUCCCUCAAGUGCUGCUAAUCGUAAAACAAUAGGACAAACCUGAGUAGUGAAAGCAUCAUUAAAUUAAUUUUUUAACCAAUUCAA